AUGGGGAAGUAUGAUGUAGAAGUCCAGAAAGCCAAAAGUCUGAUCCAGGAGAUCAGUGUGGACUGUUCUGAUCCAGUCCCCAAAAUGGAAGUUCUGGAGGAACUCAUCAGUGGAAGAAAGGAGCAGGAACGGUGCAACUCCUCCCUCGCUCUCAGUCCUAGGGGGCUUUUCUCCCAGACCUUGGCCGAACCCAAAGUUAGCCAGUUCUCUGACGUUUCCUCGCCAGGUUUCCGGGUACUCCUUAGGUUCUUCCUCGUUGGACCGCCGAAAUCAGGAAGGAAGAAACGGGACAGGGCUGGGGGCUUUUGUUGCAAUUCCAAGAUCAUCCAGGUGCUUUAAUUUCUGAAAAUGAUGUUUGUUAUAGAAAACAUUUCCAAAGAGGUGGCCAUUUCUUUUUUAGUAUUGAUGAUAGUUUUUGUUUUUAUAAAAGCACUAGGAAACAGAAACAAAAAGCAUAUGUCUCCUCCAGGCCCAUGGCCAUUCCCUAUCAUAGGGAAUCUUCUUCAACUUGGAGAUCAUCCUUAUCUUACAUUUAUGGAAAUGAGGAAGAAAUAUGGUGAUGUGUUUCUUAUCAAACUGGGAAUGGUCCCUGUGGUUGUGGUGAAUGGGGCAGAAAUGGUGAAGAAAGGAUUGCUCAAAGAUGGAGAGAAUUUUGCUGGCCGGCCCCACAUGCAUACAUUUUCUUUCUUUGCUGAGGGCAAAAGUCUUUCAUUUUCAGUGAACUAUGGAGAGAGUUGGAAGCUCCAUAAAAAAAUUGCCAUGAAUGCCUUAAGAUCCUUUUCCAAAGCAGAAGCCAAAUCAUCUACCUGUUCUUGUGUCCUGGAGGAACACGUCACUGAAGAAGCUUCUGAACUGGUAAAAGUUUUCUCAAAACUGUCUUUGAAACAAGGCAGCUUUGAUCCUAAAAGUCCCAUCACUUGUGCCGUUGCUAAUGUUGUCUGUGCCUUAUGCUUUGGCAAGAGGUACGACCACUUUGAUAAAGAGUUUCUCAGAGUAAUUAAAACAAAUGAAGAAUUCCUGAAAGCUUCCAGUGCAGCUAACCCAGCUGAUUUCAUCCCAUGUUUUCGCUACCUCCCACUGCGUAUUAUAAAUGCUCCCCGUGAGUUUUAUCGUCAAUUAAAUCACUUUAUUGAACAGCAUGUACAAGAUCAUAUUACCACGUAUGAUAAGAAUCAUCUCAGAGAUAUUACUGAUGCUCUGCUUAGUAUAUGUCAUGACAAAAGUGCCACAACAAAGACCUCUACCUUAAGUGAUAAUGAAAUCAUAAGCACUGUGAGUGACAUCUUUGGAGCUGGAUUUGAAACAGUAUCAGGAUUUCUAAAUUGGAGCUUUCUCUACUUGAUUUACUACCCAGAAAUACAAGCAAAAAUCCAUGAAGAGAUUGAUGGAAUUAUUGGCCUUAAACCACCCAGAUUUAAAGACAGAAAGAAUUUACCCUACACAGAAGCUUUUAUAAAUGAACUCUUCAGGCAUACCACAUUUGUUCCAUUCACUAUUCCUCACUGUGCUACCAAGGAUACUUCUCUCAAUGGAUAUUUCAUUCCUCAGAAAACCUGUGUGUUUUUUAAUAUGUAUCAAGUAAACCAUGAUGAAACUCUUUGGGAAAAUCCUGACUCAUUCCAACCUGAGAGAUUUCUAAAUGAAAAAGGAGAGCUGAAUAAAAAUCUGGUUGAGAAAGUCUUGAUUUUUGGAAUGGGAAUUAGAAAGUGCUUGGGAGAAGAAGUUGCUCGAAAUGAGGUUUUUAUUUUUAUUGCCAGUAUCCUGCAGCAGCUAAAGUUGAAGAAAUGCCCAGGAGCCCAGCUAGAUUUGACACCUGUAUAUGGUUUAGUCAUGAAGACCAAACCCUAUCAACUCAUUGUAGAACCUCGCUUCCAUGUGAACUCCUCAACUUAGU